AUGUCGGCAAGGAAGGAGUCGAGAGCUCGGCGAAAGAAUUUCAACGAGUUAUCUACGAGUUCGAAAAAUCCGUACGAUUCUCGCAAGAAUCAAUGCUUUCCGUACGGUCGUGUAAUUUUGCAGAAAAAAUCCUUGUCCGGCGCCCGUAUCGUGGCUGUGAUCAGGGCAAGCAACAAGAAACCUAAACAAGAAGAGGGUGAAACAACGAUGGAUAAAGCCAGCGUAUGCUCAAGACACGAUGUGGAAAAGAACUUUGAUUCCGAAAUACGUGAGUUGUUCCGAUUGUUUGAUACAAACAACGAUCGGUCCAUAUCACUGCAGGAGCUGGGCAAGGUGAUGAGGUUUCUUGGGAUGUCACCUUCAGAACAAGAGAUAACUGACGCGAUGAGUGCCUUGGACACAAACGAAAAUGGCAGGAUCGAGUUUCAAGAAUUUUACAAAUUUAUGCAAGCAGAGAUGACUAAACUGAAUGAAGCAGAUUUCACCAACAAUCAAGACACAGUACGCUCAGCAUUCCGGACGUUUGAUAAGGAUGGAAAUGGAUACAUAGACGAGAAGGAAUUAAGAAUUGCAAUGAAGAAGUUGGGUGAAGCAUUGACGGACAAGGAGCUGGACGAUAUGAUGAAACAAGCUGACGUCGAUGAGGAUGGCAAAAUCAAUUAUGAAGAGUUCGUCAAGAUAUGGUGUGAAACAACUUGAGGAACUCCUAUCCUGCUACAUAGUUAUCAUUUACAUUAAAUGGACUG